AUGAUGCCCAGACCGUGGUAUAGGCCGGGCUGGUUGCUUCGAUUACCGUUCCAAGGUGGACCGUGCAAAUGUGAUAGUAUGCGUUGCAAAUGCUGUACCGGUAUUCGAGUGCAAGCUCUCAAUUUGGAUAGACAGACUUGCGGUAUUUUAACAUACGACCCUCAACAAUCCAUGAUUGACUUCGAAGUCGUUAUGAACAAUGCAAGCGUACUGAGAGAAUCCUUUUCAAGUCGAAAUCCACCACCUUUCUGCGUGCCUGUACCAGUCCCAUACUUACCACCUGGUUUAGUCGACAUGUGUGUGAGACUAUUCGACGUCAAUUUAGUAGAUCAAAGGCUCCACGUUUGCAUGGAUAUGGAUACUAGAAUCGAUAAAGCACCAAUAGUGAUUCUGCACUUUGAUUGUAUGGAUAUGGGUGCAGGAGGUGUUAGUUUAACCAAACCCGGUGACGGCUCGGACUCAAAUAUUGUACCACCUGGUACUACAACAGAACCUAGUCAAGCGGAUAGUGAUGUGUACGAUCCUGUUAUAGAACAGGAAACGAUAACAGAUAAAUCGUUGACAAUGGAGUCAUUACCAACCUCACCUGAAGUAACCUAUAAUUGGGUUGAUAUAACUACAGAUUUCUUUAAUCAUAUACAAGAUCUGCAGUUAGGUGAAUUGCUCCAUGAUGGUCACCUUUUCGGUCUCUUUGAGGCCAUGUCAGCCAUUGAGAUGAUGGACCCAAAAAUGGAUGCUGGUAUGCUGUGUAAUCGAGGAAAUCCUAAACCGUUGAAUUUUCAGCAGGCUGUUGCGUGUGGUAAGCUCAAAAUAGAUGACCUAGAUCCAUCAGAAAUCAUUGGAGUCAUAGAUGCUACUGUCGCAUGUAUUGUUUCAUGGUUAGAGGGGCAUUCCCUCGCACAGACAGUGUUCACAAACCUGUACCUACAUCAACCCCACUUGAUUACAAACAAAACUCUGAAAGCUUACUGCAUAGCUGUUUAUAAGCUAUUGGAUUGUAUUAGAGAUUGUAUUAACAAAGCACAAGUGUUUGAAGAAGAAGAUUUUCUACCAAUGGGUUACGGUUAUCGCUUGGGUUCAAAUCCUCAGAUAGGAAACACAUACAAUGCUAAUCUAGAAGUCAGUGAACAGAAAUGUAUUGCGAUGCUUCGAGAGCAAGAAGAGGAGCUAAACAAGAAAGCAAGGAGUCACGAAGAUGAGGCUAAUGAAUUAUGGACGGCUUUAGCGGCUAGGAUCCGUUUCACAAGAAUGUUCUACCAAGCUCUUCUGUUGAUAACUCGAAGGGACUCCCAAUCUGGAGCCGACUGUGUUGCAUUGCUGAACGGGUGCUCCGAAAUGAUGAAGGUCAUAACUAGGACGGUGGGAAAAGGGACGCAGCCUUUAGAAAAUUCUGAUUCUCCUAACCCAAUUGGCUUCGAACCAAUGAUCAACCAACGCCUCUUGCCGCCAACUUUUCCUCGGUACACCCGCAUUAAGCCGCGCGCAGAAGCGUUGCAGUAUUUCGAUGAGCUCGUCACUAGACUGCGCCACGCGUGGAAGAUCACCUCGGCCACCAAUUUUCAUACAGCACUUGACUUUUUUAUGGAGUUUAGCCGUCAACGAGCUUGCAUACUAUCCAGAUCUGCAUUGCAACUGCUCUACCUGAGUCCGUCUCCCGCCUCUACUGCCUCCAUGGCCCAAGCCGCAGCCAACACUCCAGCGGGUCAGCAGAGACCUCAACACGUGUUUAUGGACAUCCUGAGGGAGUCGGUGAAGAGCUUUGUGAAUCCUCCCAAUGUUUCAAUGAAGGCAGCGGUCGGAACGAAUCCUCCGACGCGAGAAUUUGUGGAGAAUUUCCUAACACGGUGCAUUCGUCCGUUUGCAGUAUUAGUGCAAGUGUGCGGACACAAUCGCGCGAGACAGCGGGAUAAGCUCGCGUUAUUGUUGGACGACUUUGCUGCACUUCAAGAUGAAGCGGAAAGUGUAGAUGCACUAGUCAGCGGGGCAGCCGGCACGGUCCUCAGGCCUUACUUCACGACCUGGAUACUAUACCACGUGCUACGUGUCAUGAUUGCGUACCUGCUAUCCGGCUUGGAGCUGGAGUUGUACAGCGUACACGAAUACCAUUAUAUCUUUUGGUAUCUAUACGAGUUUCUAUACGGUUGGUUGGUGUCCGCACUCGGUCGUGCGGAUGGGCUGGCGGGCGAAGUCCGGAAAUCCGACGCGAAGAAAAGCGGCGCGCGGAAACUGAAGAAACGUACGCGCCCCUACGCGAGGGAGGGGCUCAUGUGCCAAGUGAUGCAGAAUAUGUGCGGGGGGUAUUAUAAGGCUCUUGUCGCAUUCAAAUUGCAAGGAAAGAUCCGACAGCCGCAGUCGGAGUUCGACAACGAGGCAGUGAGGUACAAGCAUAGGUUCGCGCCUUUGUCUGUACUGACGCCGCCGCAAGUACAUUAUCACGAGUUCCUGGAAUUGACGCAACCUUUACAAUACGAAAAUCCUGUAAUUUUAUAUCUAGGCGGUUGUAAGCAUUUCCAACAAGCUAGAUCUUUGUUAGAAACUAUUUCAGUACCAGACAAUGAGGUAACAGAUCUCCUGAAAGUAGCCAAAACAAAUUUUGUAGUGUUAAAACUAUUAGCGGGCGGGCAUAAGAAGGACUCAACCGUGCCGCCCGAAUUCGAUUUCUCAGUACAUAGACACUUUCCUAUAAUUAAAUUAGUGUAAAUAAUGUAAUAUUAUUUAAGAUUUUAUAAGACUAUCGGUCUUUGGAUUUAUUGCUGUAUAAAGUUGUCGGAAGAAGUUUGUAAUAUAAAAUCUGACUGCUAAAACUCGAAACUAAAGGUCAGAACGUUUCUAUUUUAGGAAUAAUUCAAUUUUUUUAUAUAAUUAAAUUUUUUAAUUAAUUAUAAUUUCAAUUUCGUCAGAGCGACAUAAAAGAACAAAGAAAUAUACAUAAUAUUUCGCAGACGUUAGCUCAUAUAAUAUACCAUACCAUUAGCACUCAUUUCUUUAUAUAGACUAUGGGACCGAGCAAACCAAAAAUAAAUCUGUUAUAUUUUGUUAUAAUUUUGCAAUCGGUAGGGAUUUCGAAGUUUUGUGAGAGUCAUAAUGUGAAUUAAAAAAAAAAAACUAUGUAUUGUGAAAAGCAACAAUUUUAUGUAAUAUACAA